CCUCCGCCUGCGCCGAUCUCCGCCGCCCCACCCGCGAGCGCCGGCGGUGCCUGCUGCUCCCUCCCGCCGCGCCGGAUCCGUCCUCGCAGGAUUGCUGGCUGUAUAUGAUUUGACUCUUAUUGGGUGAACCAAGAUGUCUGGAAACGAUGACAAGUCUCAGGCUGCUGCUGAGCGAAUAAAAGCGCAGGCUUUAUCGGCUGCUAAGGGAUUGAGCAGAACACAAGCUGAGCGUGCUGCUGCAGCUGCCGCACGCAAUGUCAAUGCUUAUGGGCAGAAAGAGGAGGGACCUAGCCGCUGGCAGGAGAGGAAGGAAGCCAAGAGGCAGAUGUAUCUGAUGAGUACAGAGAAGGCUGUGAUACUGGGAGUGAAACCAAAAGCCGCACCGGCUUCCUCUGGUGGUGCAUAUACCCAAUGCCAGAAGUGUUUCCAGCCUGGGCACUGGACAUACGAGUGCAAGAAUGAACGGGUCUACAUAUCACGGCCCUCAAGGACACAACAGCUUAAAAACCCCAAGCUGAAGAAGAUGGCUGCUCCAGUUUCCUACCAGUUCCAGAAUCCUGAUCUUGAAAAGGAAAAGGAGGAAGAGAGGAAGCUGAUAAAAGAAAAGAUGAAGCAGGAGAAGUCUGAGAAAAGCAAACGGAAGAGCAAGAGAAAAUACCGCUCACGGAGUGAUUCAGAUAGUAGUGAGGCUUCUGUCUUUGACUCUCACAGUGAAUCAUCAGUUACUGACUCUGAACAUUCUUCUGGAAGUAGUUCAAGUUACAGUUCCUCAUCAGACUCAGAAGACAAGAAGCGGCGACCCAAAAGGAAGCAACAGAAGAGGAGGCACAGAAGGGAAACAUCAUCAUCAGCAUCAUCGGAAUCUGAUUCAGAAUCUGCAUCUGACAGUGAUUCUGAUGACAAGGGCAGUCGGAAGAAGAGCAGGAAGCGAAGCGAUAGGCGCUGAGUUUGAAGAACUGGAGCAGCGUACAAGGACAUCAAUUGUGAUGACUAUACUAUUAUCUACAUAUCAUUUCUUCUCGUCAUAAUCGUGGAUGCAGGUACCAGGUGUCCUUGAACAAGCAUGUAACGAUUUCUAUCCACAACGAGGUGCCCAGGGCCAGUACUGUUUUUUUCCCCUUUUACAAGAGUAGUAACUGAAGCUCUAUAUCUUCAUGUUGUGUGUAUGUCCUUAAUCACUGUGAGAACCUGUGAAUCAUGCAACAAUGUUUAUCUCUCAACUUUGGUAUGGUUACAUCCCGAAAGUUUUCUGUCA